UUAGUACUGCUUUUCCAACCAUUUUCAGGGAAGUGGACACAGAUAGUCGGAGUCUUUGCAUCAUCAGGAAAUGUGAAGGAAAAUAUCCUAUCGAAGAUCAUUAUUGAUGCUAUCCUACAGUGUGAGCAGGCAGGCCUGAAGGUUGACUAUCUCUGUUGUGACGGGGCAGCCUGGAAUCGGAGCAUGUGGAAACGAUUCGGCAUUAAGGCUACAUCCAGCGACAUCAAGUGCUGCGCUCCUCACCCCGUCGACUUGAACAGGUUCCUUUAUUUUGUGUCGGAUUUCCCACACCUGCUCAAGUGUCUGCGAAACAUGCUGCUCAAGUGUGGUUUUGAUACACCACAUGGAAGGAUUCCGCUCUUCGGAGGCAGCUUACAUAGAGGAGUUCCUGAGCUUCUUGAACGUCUGGGAGCAACAUGCAAAAAGUGGCGGGUUCCUGAGCAAGAGUACUGCGGAAGGACUGAGAGUCACCCUCAAGAGCACUACAAGCCUUCUGGAAUACUUAUCAUCUCAUGGCUAUCGCUAUCUGAUGACCGCAAGACUCAGCCAGGACAGUUUGGAACGUGUUUUUGGCAUAAUCAGACAGACAUUUGGACCGAAUGAUCAUCCAACACCAACACAGUUUUUAGUAGCAACAAACUGUUUCAGUUUUUAUAACUUGGCAAAAUCUCCUGUUGGAUGUGCAGUUUCAGAGGGGAUUGUGUCAUCCCUUCUAAGCACCGCAGA